CGUUUCCCCACCAGCGUAAAACAAGACGCACGAUCAGCAGCGACUUGCACGAGAGAGAGGGAGAGGGAGAAAGAGCAGUCGGUUACGUUGGAUUUUUGUGGUGGCGCGGAGAGAGAGAGAGACCUUCCCGAUCCCACCGAAAAGUUGGCUUUUUUUAAGGAGGGGUGACGACGAGGAUCUGGUCUCACAGCGCAACCGCAAUACUGGCUUCUCAGCUCCACCUCCGCCUUCUGCGCUACCUAUAGCUCCUCCUCCUUAAAGGGUCUUGCUCAAAUCCUUCUGGGUUCGGCUGGACUCUCUCGCUCGAGCCAUGGAAAGUUUUGGUGGCUUCCACUCUCUCCGGCGAAGAAAGACGAGGCCUUUGGUCGUCACCUUCUGCGCCCUCUGGAGCUUCGCUCUCGUCUCCGUAGCUUGCGCUGCUGCUGCUUCUUCGAGCUCGAGCUGGAGCUCGAAGCAGAAGCUCCAAGUUCAGAAGCACUUGAGGCGUCUCAACAAACCCGCCAUCAAGAGCAUCGAGAGUCCGGAUGGGGACGUAAUAGACUGCGUCCAUAUCUCCGAGCAGCCAGCGUUUGAUCACCCUUUCAUGAAAGACCACAAAAUUCAGACGAGACCUAACUAUCACCCAGAAGGGCUGUAUGAUGAGAACAAGGUGUCCACAGCAGGGGAGGGAAGGAGAAACAAAGUGACUCAGCUCUGGCACUUGAGUGGUAAAUGCCCAGAGAACACCAUACCCAUUAGGAGAACGAAGAAGGAUGAUGUUCUCAGAGCAAGCUCAGUCAGAAAAUAUGGAAGAAAGAAGCACAGAACUAUACCUCAGCCUAAGUCUGCUGAUCCUGAUCUUGUCAACCAAGGAGGCCAUCAGCAUGCAAUAGCUUAUGUCAAUGGGGGCAAGUACUAUGGAGCCAAAGCGACCAUAAAUGUGUGGGAACCGAAGAUACAGCGACCCAACGAGUUUAGCUUGUCUCAGCUGUGGAUUUUGGGAGGCUCUUUCGGCGAAGACCUCAACAGCAUUGAAGCUGGUUGGCAGGUCAGUCCAGAACUUUAUGGUGAUAACAACACACGGCUCUUUUCUUACUGGACUAGUGAUGCAUAUCAAGCGACGGGUUGUUACAACCUCCUGUGUUCGGGAUUCAUUCAAAUCAACAACGAGAUAGCGAUGGGGGCCAGCAUAUCGCCGGUCUCCGCUUACCGUAAUGCACAGUAUGAUGUCAGUAUACUCGUCUGGAAGGAUCCGAAUGAAGGGCACUGGUGGAUGCAAUUCGGGGACGACUAUGUUCUGGGCUACUGGCCCUCAUUCCUGUUCUCGUACUUGGGAGACAGCGCAUCGAUGGUCGAGUGGGGAGGCGAGGUCGUGAACACGGAACCUAGCGGCGAACACACAUCAACCCAAAUGGGAAGCGGCCAUUUCCCUGAAGAAGGGUUCGGGAAGGCGAGUUACUUCAGGAACCUUCAGAUCGUCGAUGGCUCCAACAAUCUCAGGGCCCCGAAAGCAAUUGGCACCUUCACGGAGCGAUCCGGUUGCUACGAUGUCCAGACAGGCAGUAACGCAGAUUGGGGCCAUUACUUUUACUAUGGAGGCCCUGGUAGAAACCCAAAAUGCGCAUGAUCCAUACCUUCUCUCUCUCUCUCUCUCUCCGUAGUCCAUGGUAUGAAAUAUAAAAUGCAUCCCCUCCAUGCCACCUGUCCUUAAAAUCAGUGGUCAGGCUAGUAACUAAGUAACCUUUUUGUUCAGUGUGAAGUUUUUGACUUUCUUUUGAGUUUAGAGUUAAGUGCUUGUAGACCUGACCAAGUCUGUCAAAAGCCUGAAAAAUAAAAAAUAGGCCUUUGAUCAUCUCUCUCUCUUUAAUCUGUGGAUCUUAUGUCUCUUCGUUUGAGUAGUUAUUGAGUGGCUUGUUGCUGUAUGGACUGGCCUUCUGUUUUCAGUCAUUUUCCCCCUACAACUGUAAUAUAAAGUGCUGGUGCAGAAUUAGAUAUCAUCUUCGU